AUUACCAAUUAAUCUGUCACCAUGACACUCCCAACAUUUCUUGUUUUUUCUCUCAUUUUCUCACCCUUGAUCAUGCUAGUUUCCUCUCAAAACCAAAACUAUCAAGAACAAAUCAUGGAAAACCCAUUGAUUCUUCAAGCUUGUAGCAAUAUAAAAGAUAGAAACGCGUGUCUCUCAAACCUGAAAUCCUUUCUUGACAACCAUAAUUCGGUUAACCAAAAGCCUGAGUCAAUCUUGAGAGCUGCCCUAAAGGCGACACUCAACGAGACACAACUUGCCAUGCAAACGUUCACCAGGUUCACCUCGUUGUCUUCAAGUUCGCGGGAGCAAAUCGCGAUUGAGGAUUGCAAGGAACUCCUAGACUUCUCAGUUUCUGAGCUUGCAUGGUCCUUAGCCGAGAUGAGGGAGAUUCGAGCCGGUUCUCAAAACCCUCAUUCCCAAGGGAACCUAAAGGCAUGGCUAAGUGCUGCUUUAAGCAAUCAAGAUACUUGUCUUGAAGGAUUUGAAGGCACAGAUAGACACCUUGAGAGCUUUAUAAGGGGAAGUCUAACACAAGUAACACAACUCAUUAGUAAUGUAUUGACUUUAUAUACACAACUACAUACCUUACCUUUCAAACCACCAAGAAACUAUGGUGCUAAAACUAAUACCUUCUUUCCACAUUGGAUGACGAAAGGUGAUAAAGAUUUGAUGGUUGCGAGUCCGAAUGGGAUGCAUAUGGACGCGGUGGUGGCGUUGGAUGGGUCCGGACGUUAUCGCUCCAUUUCUGAAGCGAUUAGUGAUGCGCCUGAUCAUAGUGACAGGAGAUAUGUUAUAUAUGUGAAAAGGGGAGUUUAUAAGGAGAAUGUGGACAUGAAAAAGAAGAAGACCAACAUAAUGCUUGUAGGGGAUGGCAUUGGAGCCACCGUGGUGACGGGAGAUCGGAACUUCUUGCAAGGAUGGACUACAUUUCGCACAGCCACUGUUGCCGUCUCCGGCAGGGGCUUCAUAGCAAGGGACAUCACAUUCCGCAACACAGCCGGUCCACAGAGCCACCAAGGCGUCGCACUGCGAGUGGAUUCUGAUCAGUCCGCCUUUUAUCGGUGUAGCAUGGAAGGCUACCAAGACACCCUCUACGCCCAUUCCCUCCGCCAAUUCUACCGCGAAUGCACCAUUUCAGGCACCAUCGAUUUCAUAUUUGGCAACGGUGCAGCCGUCCUCCAAAACUGCAAGAUCUACACUAGAGAGCCUCUUCCACUACAAAAAGUCACAAUCACGGCUCAAGGCCGCAAGAACCCAAAUCAGAACACAGGGUUUUCAAUCCAAGAUAGCUUUGUUUACGCCACGAAACCGACUUAUUUGGGGAGGCCAUGGAAAGAAUAUUCAAGGACAGUGUUCAUGAACACGUACAUGAGUGCAAUGGUGCAGCCACGAGGGUGGCUAGAAUGGUAUGGGAACUUUGCAUUGAGCACAUUGUGGUAUGGGGAGUACAGGAAUUAUGGUCCGGGUGCAGGGUUGUCCGGGCGGGUUCGAUGGCCAGGCUACCACAUGGCUAUGGAUGCAUCGACCGCGGAUUCUUUCACUGUCCGCCGGUUUAUAGAAGGUUUGGCAUGGUUACCGGCUACUGGAGUAACAUUCUCAGCUGGUUUAUCUAAUUAACUGAAAUUUUUAAUGGCUGGUGUUGGAUCUUGGCAAGCUGUUAAGGUGAUUAUUUGUUAGAUCAACUCGUGGUUAUAUACUGUGAUACAUAUUCAAUUUAAUCAUACUAGUUAGGUACAUAUAUAAAUUCAUAUGUGUUUUUCAA